AUGUCUGGUUCUCAGCACAACGAUCGGAUGGCUGCUUACCACCAGCCGGGCGCCGGUAAGCAACAACAACAACAACAACAGGCCAACCCCACUGACCAACAACAGCCAGAGGCACUAGGGAGACUGAAUGACCUUGCUACCGUCGCCACCAAUGCCGGCCCCUUCCACCCGCUGCACGCUCCUGCCCCCAUCACCCCGGCGCCCUCGGCCUUCUUGAGCAGCGCCGAUGCCACACCUGGCGCUGCCCCCAAUCCGACCGCACACCAGCAGCAGAGAGAGCAGCAGAGAGCGAAGCGCCGCGUGCCUAACUCGCAGCGGAAGCGCGCCCAGGUCAGCUGUGAUGCAUGCAAGGUUCGAAGAUGCAAGUGCGUUCGCGUGAGACCGGUCUCUGACGACGAGGCUGCGAGGCUGGAAGACCUCCCGCCUUGCAAGCUAUGUACCGAGUCCGGUAUCCCGUGCGUCACCACCGUGCCACGGAAGCAUCGCGUGUAUGGAAGCGUCGAGAACCUCGAUCGGCGAUAUAGAGCCCUGGAAGCCUUGGUUUCGGCGCUAUUUCCCAACCUGGAUCCUGCUUCCAGCGCCGACGAACUGGUAGCAUUCGGACGAGGAAUGGGGCUCACGAUCCCCGACUUGGCCGAAACAGCAGGUCAGGCUUCUUCGGCGCCUUCUGCCGUGCAGGGAGGCCUGGCAUUGCCUACGCCCCCUUCGGAUCGACCUCAAACUCCCACCCUAUUCCAGGCCAGCGCGGCGCACGAGAAAACGAUGCUGCCUCAGGCAUACACGCGGCAAGGCGGUUCAUCGAUGGGCGCGGCCCCACCGUCCCACGGACGGAAGGGCGAGCUUCUGGCGCACGAAGAUGGAAGCACGGGGCUGAUCCUCGAUGCCAGCGGUCGGCCACAUUACAUAGGGCCGUGCGGAAGUCUGACCUUCUUCGUUGCCGUUCGCGAGCUGAUCGCACGACGACUAGAGACAAGCGAGCACCAGCAAUCUCCGGAGAAUCGUGGGGAUAUCGUCGAUAUAGGCGGGUCUCGGGGGUUGAUAGGCCACACGCUGCGACCUUCGCAGAGCGGAGCCGGCGAGGAUCGACCAGCUAAGUCGUCCUCAAUGCGAGUGCGACAUCUUGCGUCGGCUAUAGACCAUCUAGAAGGCGACUCUCCGCCGUGGGCGUUCGAGGAGAUCCCCGAGUCGUCACCGGACUAUCCCAACAACCCUGACUACUGGAGGUACCGCAGGUUGGCAUCGGCGAUAGAUCUGCCAUCCAGAGAACAAGCAGACAAAUGUGUCGAUGCGUAUUUCCGCACGGUACAUCCAGACUUCAUCAUUUUCCAUCGAGGGACCUUUCAACACGCAUACGAGACUCUGUGGCGUUCACGAGAAAGCAGCCGAGGCGGGGCCAAGGGCGAGAGGUUGGGCGACGUAUCCGUUUCGAUCGGCUGGCUGUGUUGCUUGUACAUGAUCUUUAUAUUUGGGUCUCGGUGCACCUCGCAGAACGGCAGCUCGCUCGGGUUCCAACGCAAGUGGUUCGCCGAAGUGGACAGGCUGCCGCCAUUUCUCAGCACCUCGAGUCUCCCAAAUGUGUGUGCUUAUAUGCUUCUGUCAUUGUACUAUCACAACGCCAACGACAGAACCAGCUCCUGGACCUUUCAAGGGGCGGGAUGCCGCCUCGCCAUCGCCCUGGGGUUGCAUCGUGAGAAGGUAUCCAACUCGUACGAUCCGCUCAACCGAUAUCUUCGGAAACGAAUCUGGUGGACCAUGUACAGUUGGGAACAGUUCCUGUGCUGCUCCCUGGGUCGCCCCAGUGCCAUCGACGACCACGAGAUGGACGUUGGCUUACCCGAGGACCACUUCCUCGAAGGCAACCUGCUGCCGGCCGACUACCUAAAACAUUCCUACCAGCUGGAAAUGCUGCACGCAGCCAUCAGACGUCAAAUCUACGAUCCAUCCUCCGUUGCGUCCAAGACGUAUGGUCGCGCGCUCGAAUUUCUGGUUCCCCUUGCGGCGUGGGAAGAGAUUCUGCCCAAACGACUGAAAGCUGUUUCGGCCGCGGAUGGCCUGGAUGGCAAUCACAGCCCGUGGCGAAACGUUCACCUGCUUCGCAUCCGGCAUCAAGACACAUUUAGCUUCUUGACGCGGCCUUUCUUGCUCAGAGCUGUUCAAUCUGCCAAUGGCGCGGACCGACUUGGAUCUGAAGCCUCAACGAUCACUACCUUGAGUAGGGUCUGCGUGACUUCUGCGAUGCGCUGUAGCGAGUCGGUGUUGGAAUUGGCGGAAGUAGGUUUCCUGAACGGCAUAACUUGGGUCGACGUAAGUUUUGCGUAUGUGGCGUGCAUCAUCAUCUCCCUCGCUUUGCUGUAUCCGGACUCCCUUACGCAAGAUGGAGGCGUCGGUCAAAUUCGACCAACACUACCUAGCCCCGAGUUGAUCCAGGAAUACAGCAGGGAAGAAAUGGAAAGCAGAGUGAAAAGGCUGUGUCAGGUCAUGUCGUCUAUCGAGAUGUGCGGGACGUCGGCGCGAUUCGCAAACAUGGCCAUUGGGAUCGCAAAAGCUGGUGGGAUUCUGAGCGGAGAGAGGCUGACUACUGAGCGCUCAUCUCUCCCCGAUCCAUCCAGAAUGGUUCUGGAUGUCGAUCCCAACGACGAAAAUCGUUCCAGUGGCGGUAGCGACACCCGGGAUGUCCAGGGACACCAGGGACACCAGGGAAACCAAGGAAAUCAAGCCCACCCACCUCAUGCUGGUCAUGGCUACCAAUAUCAAGCAGAUGCUAGUGGAGGGCCUCAUUUCGUAUCUGGAAUCAACCUUUUCCCGUCGCAGGCCGGGUCUGAUUUGGAGCAGAUGCUUGACAAUAGCAUGAACCUGGGGGUAGGCGAUGACAUACAGUGGGAUAUGGUUCUACCCCCUUCCCAGUGGAAUGACGCCGGUCUAAACAUGGAUAUGGAUUGGAUCUGGCAAGGCCCAACCCAGUACCAAGGCGCCGCCGCAGGUCAGUAG